GGGAGCGUGGCGGAGGAGAGGGCAGGCAGCGGCGGGAAGGCGGGAGCGGGGCUGCCCCGGUGCCCGCCCCGCGCGGGGGGCCGGCCCCUGAGUGCAUGCGGGGCGCCCCGCCGGGCCGCCGCCGGCCCGCCGCCGCCCGCCGCCCCUGAGAGACCGGCGGGGAGAAAGUUGCGGCGGUCGCCCACAUGCGCGGCCCCGGCCGGCGGCUUGGGGAACGGCGCCGAGCGGAGGUGGGCGAAGAGAGUUUGAAGCGCUCGCCGGCGGGAAGAUGGCGGAGCGGAGCUGAGAGCGGCGCCCGGCGAGCUCGGGCCGCCCCCGCCUUCCUCCGCAGCCCCCCGGACCCCCGCCGGACACAUGCAGGCCAAAAAACGCUACCUGACGCUGCUCUCCGCCGGCACCUGUCUCGCCCUGCUGCUCUACCUGGGAGGCGUGCGGCUGCGGGCGGCCCGGCACCCGCCGCCCGGUAGCCGGCAUGGCCCGCCCCCGCGCCCCGGCGCCGAGCGGCCCUGGCCCCGCUUCCCCGACGCCCUGCGGCCGUUCGCGCCCGCCGAGCGGCCGGGCCCCGAGGGCGGCGGCGGGCGCGUCUCCCCCCGGCAGCGGCGGGACGCCAGCGCCGGCCUCUACCGCGGGCGCCGCUGCCGCAUGGAGUCCUGCUUCGACUUCGCCCAGUGCCGGAAAAACGGCUUCAAGGUCUACGUCUACCCGCAGCAGAAGGGGGAGAAGAUCGCCGAGAGCUACCAGAACGUCCUGGCCGCCAUCGAGGGCUCCCGUUUCUACACCUCCGACCCCGGGCAGGCCUGCCUCUUCGUCCUCAGCCUGGACACGCUGGACCGGGACCAGCUCUCCCCCCAGUACGUGCACAACCUCCGCUCCAAGGUGCAGAGCCUCCACCUGUGGAACAACGGCAGAAACCACCUGAUUUUUAAUUUAUACUCCGGCACCUGGCCUGACUACACGGAGGAUGUGGGGUUUGACAUCGGCCAGGCCAUGCUGGCUAAAGCCAGCAUCAGUACUGAAAACUUCAGACCCAACUUUGACGUUUCUAUCCCGCUCUUUUCGAAGGAUCAUCCUAGGACAGGAGGGGAGAAGGGAUUUUUGAGGUUUAACACCAUCCCUCCUCUCAGGAAGUACAUGUUGGUAUUCAAGGGGAAAAGGUACCUGACGGGGAUAGGGUCAGACACCAGGAAUGCCUUAUAUCACGUCCAUAACGGAGAGGAUGUUGUCCUCCUGACCACCUGCAAGCAUGGCAAAGACUGGCAAAAGCACAAGGAUUCGCGCUGCGAUCGAGACAACGCUGAAUACGAAAAGUAUGAUUACCGUGAAAUGCUGCACAAUGCCACUUUCUGUCUGGUUCCCCGUGGCCGCAGGCUUGGCUCUUUCAGGUUUCUGGAAGCCUUGCAGGCUGCCUGCGUCCCGGUUAUGCUCAGCAACGGAUGGGAGUUGCCGUUCUCGGAAGUGAUUGAUUGGAACCAAGCUGCCGUCAUAGGCGAUGAGAGAUUGUUAUUACAGAUUCCUUCUACAAUCAGGUCUAUCCAUCAGGAUAAAAUCCUAGCACUUAGACAGCAGACACAGUUCUUGUGGGAGGCUUAUUUUUCUUCAGUUGAGAAGAUUGUAUUGACUACACUAGAGAUUAUUCAGGACAGAAUAUUUAAGCACAUAUCACGUAACAGCUUAAUAUGGAACAAACAUCCAGGAGGGUUAUUUGUACUGCCACAGUAUUCCUCAUAUCUGGGAGAUUUUCCUUACUACUAUGCUAAUCUCGGUCUGAAGCCUCUUUCCACAUUCACUGCCGUUAUCCAUGCAGUAACUCCCCUGGUUUCCCAGUCUCAGCCUGUGCUGAAACUCCUGGUUGCUGUAGCCAAGUCCCAGUACUGUGCACAGAUUAUUGUUUUAUGGAAUUGUGAUAAACCCCUCCCAGCCAAACACCGCUGGCCUGCCACUUCUGUGCCUGUCAUAGUCAUUGAAGGAGAGAGCAAGGUUAUGAGCAGUCGCUUCCUACCCUACGACAACAUAGUGACAGAUGCAGUGCUAAGCCUGGAUGAGGACACCGUGCUUUCGACCACUGAGGUGGAUUUUGCCUUUACAGUUUGGCAGAGUUUUCCGGAGAGGAUUGUAGGGUACCCCGCUCGCAGUCACUUCUGGGACAACACUAAGGAGAGGUGGGGGUAUACCUCCAAAUGGACUAAUGACUAUUCCAUGGUAUUGACAGGAGCUGCUAUUUACCACAAAUAUUAUCACUACCUGUACACUCAUUACCUGCCUGCCAGCCUAAAGAAUAUGGUGGACCAACUGGCCAAUUGUGAGGACAUUCUAAUGAAUUUUUUGGUGUCAGCUGUGACAAAAUUGCCUCCAAUCAAAGUAACACAGAAAAAACAGUAUAAGGAGACCAUGAUGGGACAGACAUCCCGGGCCUCGCGCUGGGCCGACCCCGACCACUUCGCCCAGCGGCAGAGCUGCAUGAACACUUUUGCCAGCUGGUUUGGCUAUAUGCCGCUGAUCCACUCUCAGAUGAGGCUCGACCCUGUCCUCUUUAAAGACCAGGUCUCCAUCCUGAGGAAGAAGUACCGAGACAUUGAACGACUCUGAGGAGCGCUGCUGUGGGGGCUGAGCUGCCCCCUGCCCGCGCGGCCGCCAGCGUGUGGAGCCAGACUGUGCCGCCGACAGCAAGCGCCCGACCCCGGGGAGCGGCAUCCUGGCACCGGGGGCGUGCUGCUCCGGACUGCGUCAAACCACCCGGCAGGCUUCUGUCGCUCAAGACUAGGUCGUGUACAGUUUCAUUAUGGAACAUUAAAUAAUUAUUUUUGAAAUGAUUGCUAUGCAGGUUUAAACUUUUUUAAUGAUCAAAAAAAAACCUAUUAAAAACAGAGUUCUUUCUUUAAUCAAAAUUGUGUUGGUUGUGAAUAUUUCAAAGCUGCCGUUUCUUUCUUUCAUGCAUUUGAUUGUCAUUGCAAUUUUCAUUCAUUUUCCCUUGCAAAGUUAAACGCUUGAAUCUCAUGGGGAGAAAAUGCGGCAGGUUCAGAAACAAACUGAGCACAGGCAGGACAGAACCCAAGUAUUGACAUUUCUCAUUUACUGCUGACUUUUUAAUUUUUUUUCCUGUUUUCCCCAAGCCGGUAGCAGCCACUAUGACAAAACUCCUUUGGACGGAUGGAAAACUGGAGAACCCCCAAUGAGGGAGAGGAGAGUAUAGAUCCUUCUGGUUGGGGACCCUGUUUUUAAAGGCAAUCGGCCUUGCCUUGAAGGGGAAGAGGAACAUUACUCUGAGGAGCAAAGCAGUGAUGUGGAACACAGGGAGGGCUUCGUGGGCAGCAGAGGCAUGGUGCCGGUUGUGCAUUCUGGUAGGAGAGGCGCAUCCUGAAUGGCCCUGCCCGCAGGUGAGCCCUGCCGGGGCAGUCGGCACGGCCAGCAUGGCGGCUAUGUGGGACACACAGCCUGUGUGAGUCCCUGCUGCCUGGGGACACUGGUGCCACAUGGCCGUGGCAGCUCGAUUUCCAGAAAUAGCUUUGUUCUGAGGGCAAAAGUGGUGUUGGCGAAGAAAAGAAAGCAUGUUAGUGCUUGCAGCACAAGAAUUUGGCCUGUAACAAAUUGGUUUAUAUAUAAUAAAAGCGUGGGCUUCUCUUUUUUUCUUUUUUUUCUUUUUUUUUUUUUUCCUUUUUUUUUAAGCACAAAUAGGUGGAGAAAUUCCCUCCUGGCGGUCUGACACCUGAAGUAAAGUGUGUGGUCAGACACUGGGUACUGGCAGCAGCGGGUGCUCCCAAGUGUGCUUGGGGCAGGGUAACUCGCCCCCGAAGUACUGGCAUUGCUCACGCAAUGGUUUUAUCAUUUCAAAUGGAAGUAUUUUCAAACGGAAAUAUUCCAGUUGUUUAUUUCUCUGUAGUGCUUUGCUUAUUUAUGUGUGUCUUUCAGUUGAAGGAUGAAAACAAAAGCAGUGAUUUGGGUCAGGAAGAUGCCAUUCCAAUUUGCUAAGAAAAUAAGCACUUUAAAAACGUUUUGAACUCUCACAUUUUGAUGAGGUGCAUUUGGGGUGCUCUGUAAUGAUCACCACCCCCAAGAGCUCUGUUAAAGUAACAGUGGGAGGGUUGAGUUCUGAUACCCAAAAGACCAGCAAGCCUUUCUAUACCUCAUUCCUGUGUAAACAGGCGGUCUGGUAGCAGGGGAGAAGAGUAGCUGGAGCGAUAGGAAGGGUGGAGCAGAAUUACUAACAGUUUCAUUCAGGCUCAGGCACUGCUUUAUUAUGCAGCUUUAAGCAACUCCCAUAACUGAGGCAUGCCUUGGUUUCCUCAUUUGUAAAAGUCAUAGUUAACUGGUUGUAGAGGGAACGCUGUGAAGCCUAAAUAAUUUCUCUUGCUGGUAAGAUGAGAAUCCCUCAAUGGAAAGUUGCUUUGCAAGCGCAAAGUACAUAUUGCUAAAUGUUUGUAUGCAACCUGACAUGUAAAGACUUGGAAAGAAUGCUUUGCUUUGUGUAUGUAUGUAUUGCAAUAUUUGAACAGAGCACAGCAAGUUAGGGCAGGAACAUCAGAUUCCUGACAUUUUGUGUUAAAUCUGAACCAAAUUUUGAAAGGAAUCUGCCAAAGUAUGUGCGAGGCUGCAGCUAGUGACUUAUGCUGCAGAAAGGAAGAGGUGCCACUUCCCCCCGCUCCUGUUGCUCUCCCAGGCCCUGGCCACGCAGUCUUGCCUCACACCUUCUGUCACGUUGGUGCCACCAGAUGCUUCUGUGAGUCCAUUCAACUCUCUAGAAUCAUGGAAAACUGUCCGGUGAUUUAUUGGAAUUUUUUUUAAUGCCAUUUUAGAGAGUUAAAUCAGCAUGUGUAAAGAGGCAAGAGUAGGUAGGCAAGGCCAGGGAGGGAAGGGGAGCAAGUUACACUCCUGUUGAUCCUAAUUCAGCUCCCCACAUCCCAUAAAAACCUGAGCCUCACUUCCCUGUGCUCUCAGAUCUGUGCUUGCUGAUCUGUCGGGGAAGGUGAAGUCCAGUGUGGUUUGAUUUUCCAGGGCAAAUGGCUCAGCGGCUCCCAUGCCACUUUUUCCUCUUGGAGAUCAGGCAGCUUCUUCAGGGACUGGAAAAGGCCUUCUCCUUAAGCUUGGUUUUUGGAGAAUGUGUGAAGCACUGGAUGAGGUUGGCAGGGCUCACACUUUGCUUGUGUCCUCGUUUGCAGGCGGGCACGUGGAUGUGUCCACAGGAGCAUCUGCAGCUCUGGGAACAGUUAAUGGUCUGUAGCCAGCAAGAGGGGCCAGGGAGAGGGAAAGAGGGGACCCUACAAAAACAAGAAUUACAGUUCUGCUUGGGUUUUAGUUAAUGCCAUUUUGGGGCAUGUGGGUUGGGUUUUUAGUAAAAAAGGGAGUAGCUAACCAUUUUUGGAGUGCAGCAAGUCAGGCCAAGCUUUUAAGCUGUUUGACAUUCUGUUAUUGUCACUUUUUGGGGUGGCUGAAAGAGACUGUGCUAAAGCUCCCUCUCAAUGUGAUUUGAGGCCCUUUCUGUUUACAGAUUGCUAAUUAAACAAGCAACAAUGAAAGGCUUAGCUCCAGAAGGGAUGCGGAUAGGUAGGAGAGUUUCUCUUUGCAGCGUGUUACCCGGGCAUAGCCGUCUGUCUAGGAAAGAAUGUGCCUUGCGGCCAGUGGCGAGAACGGCCGUCGGUCUCCGUGUCCACGGCCUGGGGACCCGGGGGAAGAGCUGGACACAGAUCCAGGGGAAGAGCUGGACACAGACCCAGCUCAGAGACUCAGUGUGUGACGCUCCGUGUGGCCGUUAUCGGCCAGCGCUCCUAAGGACAGUAGGCAUGCUUCCGAGCCUCCCGCGUGCAUCUGUGUUGGACAGAGCUGUCUUGUUUCCUUAGUGAAUGAAAUCACCCUUUUAUCACGUCCUACGUGUGAGUUAAUGGUUCUUUAUGCUUUUUUUUUCUCUCCUCCCCCCCGCUCCCCCAGUAAUUCAGAUGGUGCUGAAACAGGGUUCACUCCUUGUUGCUCCUUUUGUAGGUUUUUUUUAUUAUUAUUAUUAUUUUUCUUUAACAGCAGGCUAUGUUAGCCUUUACUUUACAGGUACUUGAAUGCCUGAUGACUUGACUGAGUGUUACGCAUGUGGCCUUUUGUAAAGGUUACUGACCUUAAUUUAAUCAGGGGUGAGAUGGAUGGAUGAAUGUGAAUAGAUCCAUGCCAUUAAAACAGAGUAAAAGUAAGGAUUGGAGUUUGGGAGAACUGAUGAAUUUUUAAUUGAAUUUAUUAAAGGGAAAAAAAAAAAAGAAAAAGAAACCCUUCCCAGUUAUAAUUUGAAUGAGAUCUAUUGCUGGAGGACGGUUUCAUAAUGAGAAGAACACGACACAAAAAUAGGGGCAAACUUCCAAGAUAGAAAGUGCCUGGCUCUCCUUGCAGUCCCUUGGGCCUGUACAAGAUUUUAUUUGCCCUCUUUCUAUUUCGUGAAAAACCUCUAAUUAUUACCAUAACUUUUUCUAGAUGUGAAUGUUCAAGCUUUGUAACAAUUUUAUAGUGAACACACUGGUGUGCUAAUGCAUGGCUAUCGAGCGCUUUGAUCUUUCCCAUCGGAAAACAUCGUGGAUUUGAUCAAUUUCAGAUUGCAAUUUCUUUUUUAGAGCCAACUUUGACAAAGAAAUUAAUCUUUCACCAGUGAGCGCCUUUUAAAAUAGCUCAUUUACCAAAAGAUGUCAUUUGGAGAAUGGAAGUAAUCAUUUGACGCUGAAGCAAUGAAAGAAACAGCUAGAAGUAGACUUGGAUUUUUUUUUAAAUCUUUAUAUUCCCAGUGUGAAAUGCAGUGUUGUUGUCUUCUCUCUCUCCCCAUAUCGAAACCAAACGUCUACUCAGCGUUUGUCAUAAAUCUGUAUUGAUUGACAACAAUUGUAUUAAUUCUUCCAGUUAAAUAUCCUCUUAGAGCAAGGGCUGGAUUGGGGCUCUGCUCCUUUUUUUCAGGGCUGGCUCUGCCAUCUGUCACGGAAAUGUCCCUUCGGGGCAUCAGCCUGAUGGAGCCAUUCCCUGGGCUUCUGCCCCAUUUCCCGGGGAUGGGCCUGGGGUCUUCCGAGAAGGGACCUGCCCCACGCAGGGUCUUAGCUGGUGUCUGCUGGAAAUAAAACCGCAUCUUCCAAACUUCCCUAUAUCUCACCCUUGUUUAAAACUAAGUCAAGCUGGCCUUUAUACCACUAUUUUAACCGUCUUCACACACGUUUUUUUAAGUUGGAGUUAAAUUAGGGGGGGACUUAAAUCAGGGGAGGUUAUGGGACACAUCAGAUGCUUUGGGAUGCUCCCUCCCGCCCUUUCAUGAUGUUUUUAACGACUAUUUCAUAGUGGAUUAGUGAUGAUCCAAUGGGCCUUGCGACCUUGUACAUAAUCCUGUAUAUUUAUUUUGAGAGAAAAUAUGUAUAGUGUUUGGAUGAUGAGAAUGGAAACCUGAAAUGGGACUUCUUAGGUGGGCAAAUGUAAAGCAAAAAAGCAAACAAAAAAUACAAUCUUAUUUUGUAUAAAAUGUACAUUUUUGAGAAAAAUUUUCUAAUGCAUUACCAAUGUUUUCAUAGUGCUGCCACAUCUUUUUUAAAGUGUUUCUCCCUCUUUGUUUGACUAUUGACAACAUGGUGCAAUUAAACCUAAAGCAAGUGUGUGAGUGAGAGAAAAAGAGAGAAUGAGAAAUUAAAAAGCCAUAUAAUUUGGUUUACUUCAUUAACCUGUAUAACAUCAUAGGUUUACCAUCUAAGAUAGGUUGUUUUUAUAGAUAGUGUCACCAAAGACUUUUUUUCUUCAGAUUUAUUUUGAAAAGUUGUUAAUAAAGGAC